GUAGCUCGCUGACAGUCAUAUGUGCGAAUGUAUGUGAAUGACUAUGUCGCGUUGCCGCUACUUCAGUUGUGGCAUUUAGAAAUUAGCCAUCCGAACCAAGUGAACGCACGAGGGAGGAAAUGGGCGAGGGAGGGCUUUUCACUUAAACGCGCGGUAUAUGCUAGAUGUUUUGCGCAGACCUGAGAUAUACCUGUCUUUUCCUCUUCUUUUUUUCUAUCUCAUUCAACUACGUACUACUACACAUCUGUGGCCUUUACAGGAGAGAGGGCAACGGAAGCAGCUAGCCGAGCAGAACACCGGAGUUAACUAUUUACAGAUAUCCAUCCGCUUGGACAGGUCGCGCACGUGGUUGACCUUGGCAUCAAGUGCCGCGCUCGUGCUCGCUCGUGAAAAAUAUUUUUUUAAGAUUAGGGGGACGCAAGGCCCGUUGGGGCCCCCUAAUCUAAUACUCUCUUCUAAUGUCGCUAACGGAGCGACGUUACCUGUACAAGUGCGCGGGAAUCGAGGCUUAUCACUAACAUCGACCAUGGGAAGUCAACUGGCUGUUUGCGCGAAUCCCAGUGAUCUGCUUCUUUCUUUCUUUCUUUCUUUCUUUCUUUCUUUCUUUCUUUCUUUCUUUUCUUUCUUUGUUUCUUUCUUUCUUUCUUUUCCAUAAUGCUCGGCUACACAGCUGUGACUUUUGUGAGACAAUAACAAACGGAAACGUAUAACCCGAACACAACGCCGGAGCCAAGUUUUACUAACGCUUGCAUAAAUAACUAUAUCCGCUCGCAUACAGGUCGUGUACCUGGCGAAAUUCGGCAUCAAGUGCCGCACUCUAUUCUCGCCCGUGAAAGAACUUUCCUCCCUCCCCCCCUCGCUCCCAAACGUAUCCUUCUAUCUGUUUUCCAAACAGCGUGCAAAACCAUCGACUCCGCUGAGCUCAUUGAUUAUAAUACAGGAAUUGAGCUAGUUAGCAGCGGCGUAUAUAGCCCGCGGUGUUCGCGCCUCGCAGUCGACAACUCUUCCAACGUAACUGAUCACUGCGGCAAGAGUUGCUCCGGCUUCAAUCAUGCUGGAGGCGGUGACGUGGGAGAUCGCGAUCACGGCGCUGAUCGUCGCAAUUGCGGCACCGCUGCUGCAAUACCUGUGGUUCUCGCUGCGGAGGAUGUUUCGACCCGAUCUGCCGCCCGGACCGCGAGGCCUGCCUGUCCUCGGCUACCUGCCCUUCAUGACCGAGCACGGACAUCGGGACAUCGAGACGCUCAAGCAGAAAUACGGCAACGUGUUCGGGUAUGUUUCGUUUCGUUUCCCAAACACUGGCGUGUACCCACUACACAGUAAAAUAAUUUACACCCUUGAUGGCAAACGGUUUUUCUGUAGACUCCAGCUCGGUUCCCGGUACGUGGUCUUCUUGUGCGACUUCGGCUCCAUAAAGGAGGCCUUUUGGAACGACGCCCUGCUCGACCGGGCCCAUGAAUUCCCCCUCAACGUCCACGAGAAAUCUCAAAGCAUGAUUCUGGCCAACGGGCCGCGUUGGAAGGAACAGCGCCGGUUCACAAUGAGGAUGUUCAAGACACUGACCAGUACCACCAGAUUCCUUCAAUCUGGUGCCACGCAGACUCUCGAGACGCAUAUACACCUUCACGGACGGGACCACUACCGCAUGCAGGACGAACUGUCGCACUUGGUUCGUGAGCUGGCGUCUCGCAAGGGCGAGCCCGUGGCCAUCUCCUCGCUGUUGGUGUCCAGCACGUCCAACGUCAUCACGGCGCUGGUGUACGGCCGGAGGUUCGAGUACGGCAGCCCCGAGCGUGUCGAGCUGGACGAGCUCGCCGAUGGGAUCCCAACGUUAGCGACACAGAUUGCGUCCAUCAACUUCUUCCCGUGGCUGCGCAGAGUGCUCUCCAUCCUUCGCAUAGGAGCAUGCGGGAGGCUCAGGAGCGCCAUGAUACGAAGGGAUCGCCUCUCAGAGACCCUAAUAGGCCAUCACGAGAAAACCUAUCAGGACGGCUUGGUUCGUGACUACAUUGAUGGUUUUCUCAGUGAGAUGAGACGACCAGAGCAAGAAAAGAAGACUUUCACGCGUGAGUUGCUUACGUGCAACGCGUCAUCCUUCUUCGGUGCCGGGAGCGAGACAGUGCGCUCCGCGAUAGAGUGGCUGCUACUGAUGUGCGCUGCCAAGCCGGAGAUGCAGAAUCGCAUCCGGGCCGAGAUCGACGUCGUGCUCGGUCAACGCGGUCAAGGUUCUCGCGUGCUGUGGGAAGAUCGCAGCAGGAUGCCGUACACCCAGGCCUUCAUCUGGGAGAUGACGCGCUGCGAGCCGAUCAACCCUUUCGGCCUCAUGCGAUGUGCCAGCGAGGACACGAAAGUAAGCGGCUACGCCAUUCCACGAGGCAGCGUCGUGGUCCCAUCGCUGAGGUCCAUCUUCUACGACACAUCCUUCUGGAAAGACCCAGAAGUUUUCCGGCCUGAGCGCUUCUUGGUCGAAGGAGGGACUCGAGCCAGCAAACCUGAGAGACUGAUCGCCUUCUCAUGCGGCAAGCGUUCUUGUCCCGGGGAGACGAUCGCCAACAUGGAGACGUUCAUCUUUCUUACCACCAUCCUGCAGCACUUCAUCAUCGAGGUGCCUCCCAGUGGUCCGACCCUUGCUUUCGACGAAGUGUUGACCAUAUCGCUUAGGCCCCGAUCGCAGGAAUUAGUUUUCCGCGCGCGACAAAUGCGCGGUUGAAAACACCUUUAAAGCUCCUCUAACAAGUGGUUUUGCAGAGUACGUGAAUCAUACGCUCUCCGAGACGCCGCUUGGAAUUCCUGCGAACCCUCCGUUACCGCUCUGUGGUUAUGAUGAUGAUGAUGUUUUAAUGGCAUCCCCUUGGAAAUGGGGCGGUGAAAAAUAGUCACCUAGGCUGCUUGAUUUAAUCAGUUAUGCAAUACAUGUUCUUUAUCUAGCAUAUUUGUGUACAUCUCCCUUAAUAUUUUUUUUUUCAUUCACAAUCUACCUUGUACCGCUAGCCAUGACUGUAAGAUACCCGGCCGUAUCAAUCUCUUCCCUGCUUUUUUUUUUUCAACAAUACUCUAACCGUCUGUCGCUUAUCUUGACUGCUGACCGGAUGAUGCUUCCGCCCAAUUUAAACCCAAGCGCUUCUGGAAAGUGUACGUUACCUACGGUUCUCUCUGGGUGAAUCUCUUCGCAUUCCAUUAGGAUGUGCUGAGUGGUCUCCAGAGUUUAGGUGCAGUAUGCAUGGGUGGAUGGAUGGGUAGAUGGAUGUUAUGAACGUCGCCUUUCGAACGGGGCGGUGGGUUGCGCCGCCAAGCUCUUGUUAUUUUAUUGCCUAAUGUCCUACCUACCUACCUACCUAGAAGAAAAAGAAAAAGAAAAGGAAACAAAAAGAAAACGGUAAAUUCCCAUAACCAAAGUUUCUGAACCCC